ACAUUUCAUUUACGCUCCUGGCAAAACCAACCGUCGCUGGCUGCCAAAAAGGGAAAGGACCCGCGCGAGACUCCAACUUUGACGAGAAUCGCCGACCAAACGCCAAAGAAUCAGAAAAGAUGGCAAACGAAGCCGUACUCUCGGAAAUCGCAGAUAUCGACACACAACUCAAGAACUGGUUCCUCUUUCGCAGAAUACAAGCAGAGAGAUCACUGUCGAUAAAAAAGUUGCUAGAUGCAAACAACUUCAUUGGGCUCGCUGGAAACAACUCGAAUGUACCAGUAACUGAUCGAGUCUUAUGGCAUGAUAUUGUAAAUGGGAGACCAGAGCUCGAAGACGAGCUAUCACUCAAUGCACGAGAAAUGAAGGCUGACAAGUACAUGGACAUUUUUAAGCAGUCUUGUGACAUCGACAACGAGUGCAGACUUCCAGGGUCCCUCUACUUUCAAUGCCUGCAAAAUCAUUUCAAGGCCAGUAUCUCGGAAAGAUUUCCAAAAUGCCAAGCUGAUUUUGAUAAAUUUAAUCAGUGCCGUAACAAGCUAAAGGAGCAACAGGAAAUGUUUAUUCAAGAAGCCAUUAAAAGGCAAGAUGAACAAGAUUCACUUGCAAAGAAACUAUUCGAGAGGCGGGUGGAACUCGUAAAGAAGCUCUAGGUCCAUCACAUGCCCUUCGCGUGAGGUAAUUGACCGUGUAAAGGAUAAAGCUUUAUAACGUGUGGAUGACACUCUAACUGUUUUUACCACU